CUUCGGACUGUUAAUAGUGAAGGACAUGUGCUUGUUUAUGCUUCGGAACCGAGCUAUCCGUCCCUUUCCUGGUCUGUAUAGCUAACAAAUGCCUACUACGCCGCUUCAUAACACUUUAAAGUUAUAUUUUGUCAAGAAUGAUUGAGAAACAUGACCGAAGACGAGCUUGCUGCGUUCAGGGAGUGUUGGAAAGAAGAAUUAACGAGUAGUAAAGACGAGCAACUACUUGUUUGUGCUCCUACCCCUUCGUUGGAUGUUCCUAGUCAGUCGGGCCAGAGAGAUUUGAAAAAUAAGUAUUUUGAAAACUUGGAAAAUCUCAACGAGGCCCGUAGUCCUUCAAAACAAGAAGAGGACGGCAGCACUGAGGAUGGAGCGUGUGUUGAAGGUGGUGGAGGAAGAGGGGGGGAAGCUGCAGCAGAGCCAGAGGAUGAGCCUGAAUAUGUGUCUAUUGCACGUAGUUUACUGGAUGGGAGGACCGGUCCACUGCUGGACCGGAUUCAGGAGGAGAGAACCAGGAGAAAGAGGCAGUAUCAGAACAUGACCAACGUGUGCAGGGCAUCCCUACAACAGCAGCAGCAGCAGCAGAAGAGAAAGAUGAAGAAAGACGAGGAGCUGUUGGAUCAACUCAUUCAAGAUCUGAAUGAAGUCAAUGACAUUCCCUUCUUUGACAUUGAGUUGCCGUACGAGUUAGCCCUGAAGAUAUUCCAAAACCUCAACUGUACCGAGCUGGGCCGAUGUGCACAGGUGAGCAGGCCGUGGAGAGUCCUUGCAGAGGACGGCGUUCUGUGGUUCAGGAUGUGCACGGCGGAGGGCUACCAUCAGGAUGCCAGCGUGUCUGACUCCCCCUGCUGGAAGAGCACGCUGCGAGACUGCAGGAACUCGGCCAGAGCUGUGCGCUCCAACUGGAAGAACCGAGUGGGAUCCAUCAGCCAGCUGCAGUUCGAGCUGGGGAAGGUGCUCUGUGACGUCAGCUGCUGUGACAACUUUGUCCUGGCUGGGUACACGUCUGGUGAUGUGAGGCUGUGGGACACGCUGCACUGGGACUCGACGGCCUCUUACCUGAAGAUUAACAGCCUGUCAGCGAACUCUAACCCCAGGCCUCCUGUUAGCCACGUCCAGGUCAACAGAGCAGUGGCUGCAGCUGCUUAUGAAGACGGCUGUGUGGACCUGUGGAGCACAGAGACCGGUGGAGAGCCCGUCCAUCACUACCAGAGCCUCGGGGGGAUCCAGGCCCUGGCCCUGAGCCCCGACAGUCCCAUCCUGGGCUCCGCCGCUGGGCCUGACGUUCGGCUGGUCGGCGCCGACGAUCGCGGCUACUGGAGAACGCUCUGCCAGGCUCAGCUACCCAAGACUGUAGAGAGCCUGGUUCUGGUGCCAGGCAGAGGGCAGCAGUGCCCGCUGGCGGCUCUGGCAGCUGGAGAUGCCGUGCACCUGUUAGACCCCCGGGAGGAGGAGCCACGGACGCUCCACUCGGUCUACGGUCACCCUGUUACCUGUCUGGAUGCCGCCGACUCGCAUGUUGCAUUUGGAGUGAAGCGCACGGGCUGGGCCAUGCACGACGGGGGAAACAAGAUCCACGUCUACAGCCUGGAGACGGGCAAACCUGUGGCAUGCGUCGGCGACUCGCUGGGAGACUUCACUUGCAUCAACCUGAGAGACGGCCCUCCUCACCUGCUGGUGUGCGGAAACAAGGACAGGAGGGUGAGGGUGUUUGACCUGCGAGCCGGCUCCUCCGUGGCGUCCCUGUACGCCCACCACCUGGGCGUCACCUCGGUGCAGGCGGACGACUGGAAGGUUGUUAGCGGCGGAGGCGAAGGACUGGUGUGUGUGUGGGAGAUGAGGAUGGGAGCGAAGCUGUGGGAGAUGCACAACAGGCAUCCUGUAAGGCACGUCCGCUUCAACACCAGCACCCUGGUAACGGCCAACAUCCCCGAUGACAAGUCGCCAAGGGGGGCCUGCAUCACAGACGAUGACCUCACAGCUCACCGCAGACACAGGGGAGUCAUCUGCCAUUACGACUUCUCUGAGGACGCAUUGUCACAGGAUCACAUCCUGCCCAUCUGCAGGUCCGACUACAUCGAGUCCUCCGGGUACAACUACAACAUCGGCCUGGCGGUGCCUUACGACAAGCUGCCUGGCUGCCAUCCAUCCCACUGACACGCAGCGUUACAGACUGACACUGAGCUCAGUGAGUGACUGAACGGACAAUAGAAACGUUUACCGUUAAUCAGUUUGAUUCUCCAAGCGGGAUCCUUUUAAUUACUUUCCUUUUAUCAAGCUUCUUAGGAAUUGUAUAUUUCAAUGUAUACUAUCUGUAACUGUGUAUUUGUAAUGGACAGUGUGCCCAGAUGUUACACAGGAUCACAGUCCUAUAAAUCAUUGCUUUAAUGAAUUUUUACAGCAUAGUUUUCUUGAUUUGAAUCAGUGCUGCUGUGAAACAUUACAGCAAUAAAAAGUCGUAUUUGUACCUCGUGUUUCUUCUGAGUACAUUUUUUUUUAUAAAUUUCUCGAAAAACAAAAAUCGCACACAUGCAUUUGUUUUAUCAAAAUCUCUUAAAUUAAUUUUGUUCAUUAAUAGAACUCAGUACAAAGUCUGCAAUCAUUAAUCUCAGGGAAAGGGUUCGAUUAACUCAAACAACAGCAUCUCAGCGGAAUAGAUCAAUUGAAGCUGCAGAGGACCGGUGUGUGCGCCUGUCUCACUCUUUGGACGUGAGCCAGAACAGAUGACCCGUGAAUGCCUGAACAGCAUGUCUGACUUCAUCCAACAUGUGAACCUUUUAGACUGAACGACAACGCAUCCUUUCACAUUGCAUGCUGGGUACAUAAAGGAG